CCUGGCGGCGACAUUAGGUGUUCUGUGGCGACAUGAAGUGCAGAAAAACGCGGGAAGGUGAAUCAGAAAAAAGCGUGCAACGCAGCAUUUACGUGCGCUGUCAGCUUGCGAAGCGUGCGUUUAUGCGCAUGAUAUUAUCUUUGAGAACUUAACAUGUCGGGGAAAGUGCGCAGCAAGAUCAUCAAAAGCUUCCAAAUAAGAGGAUUCACGCUUCGCAGUGAGGCUAGCAAGUUCCUUCUGGAAGCCUUGACACCGCUGGAUGAAGAUCGCCAGGAUCUGUGGUUGAAACGCCUGCUAGACUUGCUUCAGGUGCAACGGAUCGACGGGCCUUUCCUCACCAAAGAUGAUAUUCUCGGCUGCAUCCGCGAAUUUGAACGGUCCGACAGCGAUGGCACCGAUGUCCGUCUUCUGGUGGCAGACGCCUUCGCCCUUGCACCGCUCACUUACUGUCAGGAGCGGCGCAAGUUUGUGCCUCGGGAAUUGGUGGGCCAUGGUGGGCCUCCACGUCUCUUCGGUGAUGCAGGGGCAAAGGCGUUUUUUUUUCGUGAGCGUUAUCAGCUGGUUCUGCAGAAGACGGCACGCCACCACUGCUUUUCGUCAAGGUCACGCCUGCCCACUGCUUCUGGCUUCGACCUGCGUCCCAUUGAGCACCUCCUGGGCACCACGGGCGAGUGCGUAGUCGUGCUCGGCAUGCUGUGCCAGCUUGAAGAGGGCAACUACUUCCUUGAGGACACAACUGGCUCUGUAAAAAUCGACAUUUCGGGCACUAAGUUCACAGCUGACCUGUUUGUGGAUAACAGCUUUGUUCUGGCUGAGGGCUGCUACGAAGACAUGGCCUUCCGUGUCGAUGCCAUGGGCCUUCCUCCCAUCGAGCCAGCUUUGGAGGCAAUGAAGUACAUGGGUGGGGCCAGCAUCUUUGACAAGUUUCCCGAGAAGUUGCGGACUCAACUGGAGCUGAGCGAUGUGCCAGACAAUGCCCUGUUUGUGCUCCUCUCUGACGUAUGGCUAGACCAGCCUCAGGUCCUGUCGCACCUGCGUGUGCUGUUCAGCGGCUUUGCGCAAGGUGCUCCCGCCUGUUUUGUGCUGGCUGGAAACUUCCUGUCACGUUCUACGGGCCUCCAGAAAGAUCGGGUGCUGCUCAGAGAAGGAUUCAAGGCCCUGGCUGAAAUGCUCCACGAGUUUCCACUACUGAUCAAGCACUCCCGGUUCAUCUUUGUCCCAGGACCUAGGGACCCAGGCCUCUCCAAUGUGCUGCCCAGGCCGGGCCUGCCCUACCAGGUGACUGAGCCUCUGCGCUCUUGUGGGGGCAACGAAGCUGAAAGCACACUUGCCGAGCGGUGCCACUGGGUAAGCAACCCCUGCAGGCUGCUCUACUGUGGCCGCCAGGUGGUGCUGUGGCGACAGGACGGCCUCGCCAAGGCCUGCCGCAAUGCCGUGCAUCGACCUUGGGACAAGACAGGCCUCGACCUUGCUCAAGCGUACACGCGGAGCCUGGCAGCCAAUGCGCACCUGAGCCCAGUGUCGCCUGGAGUGACACCUGUCUACUGGGAGUGGGACUUCGCUCUUUGGCUGCAUCCAUUGCCAGACGCAGUGGUCUGCUUCGACGCCUGCGAUGCCUUUACCGUCGAACAUGCAGGAUGUGUCUUCUUUAACCCCGGUUCAUUUCCAAAAGCGGACUAUGUGUUCAAGGUGUACUACCCUGCCUUCAAGAAGGUUGAAGACAGCCAGAUUGGGAAUGACUGACCAACCUUACGGACAAGACCCACCUGCAGAGACUGGUUCUGGUUGAGAGAGAGACCUUUUUAUUGAGAGGCAAAGAAUUUAGCCGGCGUGUGUAGAUAGCUGACUCUGAAUGGGGAAAAGGGUAGGGGACUGAAAGACAAAGAAAGAGAGUUAUUACUGAAAAAUAUUAAAAGUUAAAAUGUAAUAAAAAAAGUAUACAGACA